AUGAGUGAAGUCUAUUCUCUUGAGCCAUCUUUCAAGGGACGAGUGAUAGUCAAUACUUCACUCGGAGAACUGGAUAUUAGGCUCUGGAGCGCACAAUGUCCAAAAGCCUGCAGAAAUUUUGUUCAGCUGUGUAUGGAAGGUUAUUAUAAUAACUGUAUAUUUCACAGAGUGAUACCGAACUUUAUGGUUCAAACAGGUGACCCUUCUGGAACAGGAAAUGAAGACAAAUUAAUCCAUUUAGGCGGUGAAAGUAUAUACGGAGAGCCAUUUGAAAAUGAAAUCGCAUCAAGACUUAAGUUUAGGAACAGAGGAAUGGUCGGUAUGGCUAACACAGGUGACAAAUGCUCGAAUAUGAGUCAAUUUUUCAUAACACUAGGAUUUAUAGAUAGAGCCGACAUACUCAACGGAAAUUAUACUUUAUUCGGCAAAGUGGAAGGGCAUUCAGUCUACAAUUUAUUAAAAAUUGGAAAGUGUGAAGUGGGAAAGAAUGAUAGACCACUGGAUCCACCAAAAAUUAUAAGCUGCCAGGUCCUUGAGAAUCCAUUUGAUGACAUAGUUCCACGAUUACUGGAGUUGUCAGAAGGGGAAGUAGAGGAAGAGGAGGAGAUACUGGUCCCAGUAACAAAAGAUAAAAGGCUGUUAUCGUUUAUUGACUCUGAUGAAGAUGAGGAUAAACACGUUGCCAAGGAUUUUAAGAUUAAAAGCGCACAUGACUUAUUACAAGAUAAAAAGCUACUAAAGUCGGCAGUAACGCUGAAGCAAUCUAGCCCUGAUCAGGCAAAAAGUGAAGAGUAUAAGCCAGUUUACACAGAAAAGAAACUAAAGGAGGAUAAAGGAGACAGGGGUUCUGAUAGUGACCAGGAUGACGAGUAUAGCGAUGAUGACAAUUCAGAAGAAGGGGACGAUAGAGAAGAAAGUUUGGUAAGGAGGAAGGAAAUAGAGGAACUGGAGCAACAGAUAAAAUCACACAAGAAGGAAGAAUAUAAGCCCAGGAAAAAAGUUAAAAAUGACCCUAAGAAGACCCUGGAAAGAAUGCAACUGUUUGCUAAGAAGCUGAGUCAAAUAAGUAAGAAUGAACAGCUGGCAAAGAAAGUAGUGGAAACAGACCAAGAUAUGAGUGAUGGCUCAUGGUUUGCGGGCACUAAGUUACAAUUUUCAAUUGAUUCAAACAGAGCGUAUGAGUACGACGCUGGAAAAGAUACGCUUGAUGUGUAUGAUCCGCUGAAGGGGAAGGACAAUAGGCUUGAUAGCAUCAGAAGCAUCAGAAGAAAUGGGAUGGUGAUUCAUCUCCAUUUGUGCCUUUCAACCAACCUUGAUUCUUUUUAA